AUGGUCCGCAAGCUUCAAGUCGCUGUCUCUGGCCUCGGCCGCAUGGGCGCUCGCCACGCCCUUCAUUUCCUCGACCGCACUCCUCGCGCCGAGCUCGUCGCUGCAUGCGAUCCAGACCCAAAGGCUUUGGCUUGGGCCAAGCAGCGCCUCGAGCCGUUCGGCGUCAAGAUCUACAACGACUUCGAUGAGAUGCUCAAGCACGAAGGCCUCGAGGCCGUGGUGGUGGCUGGCAUUACCACCGAGCACGCUCCUCAGUCAAUCCGCGCCAUCGCAGCAGACAAGCACGUCCUGUGCGAGAAACCUCUUUCUACCAGCUUGGAGAUCUGCGAGGGUGUUCUCAAGGCCGCUCGCCAAAAGCCACAGUUGACUGUCAUGUGCGGCUUCUCGCGACGAUUCGAUGCCAGCUACAGGGACGCAGCCAACCGGGUUGAAUCUGGCGAUAUUGGCCGUGUCUCUAUCAUUCGAAGCCAGACUUGUGACAAGCACAGGAACGACGACUACUUUGUUCAGUACGCGAAGUUCAGCGGUGGCAUUUUCGUUGACGCCAAUAUCCAUGACAUCGAUCUUGCUCUGUGGUACUUUGGCCAGGAUAGCGUUCUCAAGAGCGUGACUGCUUUGGGCAUCAACGCUCGCUUAGCAGAUCUGAAGAAGUACGGCGAUGUGGACAACGGCAUCGGUGUUGUUGAGUUCUGGGGUGGCAAGAUUGCCUACUUCUACAGCUCCCGAAUGAUGGCAGCUGGCCAGACCGACACCACCGAGAUCAUCGGUACACACGGCAAGAUCGUCGUCAACGGCAACCCACAGAAAAACCUCGUCGAGAUGCACGAAGCCACUGGUAUCCAUCGCGACGUCCCCCAGACCUACUACGACCGCUUCGAGCAGGCCUUCGUGACCGAGUCAAACGAGUUCACCGAGUGCAUCUUGGAUGGCAAGAAGCCACCGUUCCAGCUCUCUGGUGCUAUCUCGGCUCUGAAGAUUGGCGACGCUCUUCAGAAAUCGCUUCGCACGGGCAAGAAGAUCGAUUUCAAUGAAAUUGGCGAGGAGAUCGUGGAGGAGAAGGCACGUCUUUAG